GGUGAGGGAGCAUACACCCCGGUGGGACAGCCCUCCACCUGUCACACUCAACAGACCAACGCACACAGAUUUGUUCAUCGACAGCCCCCUGCACACACGCCGUCUCAGGUGCAAAACAGAGAGAACCAAUCCUUCACGCGUGUUGAUCAUUAUCAUGAAGGUUGCAGCAACUUGGCUGGCGGCAACAGCUGCGCUCGCUUCAACUCCUCCUGAUGUCGAGGCCUUUGUUGCUUCGUCGAAGACGCUGCGUGUAGGGCAGCCUGCCCGCCUCGUCGCCUCACGUACUGCGUCGGCAGCAACCAGCUCGCUGCCUUUAAGCAUGGCAGGAGAAGCCCCGUGGAAGGCCUUCACCACGGACGUGGCCAAGAAGGUUGCCGUCGCAGCUACCGUCGCGGCCGUCGCGUUCUCUAACCCGGGGGAUGCUCUUGCGGCGAGGUCUGGCGGGAGAAUGGGAGGGAGGUCGUUCUCGUCUCCAUCGCGAUCUUAUUCCGCGCCAUCGGCGCCGUCUAGAUCUUACGCGCCGUCCUACGGGGGAGGCAGCACCACGGUCGUUCCCGUACCGGUUCCGCUGGGAGGGUAUGGGAUGGGUUACGGUGUCGGAUCACCCUUCGGCUUUUCACCUUUCGGCUUUUCUCCCUUCGGCCGACCGGGGGUUUCUUUUUACGGAGGCGGUUUUGGCGUGAACCCCGUUGACCUCCUCGUGCUGGGCGGCGUUGCCUACGGCGUUUCACAGCUGGUUAAGGGAGGCGGAACCAGCUUCGGAAACCUGGAUGACUCCCCCCCGUCCAGUCUCGGAGAGGGUGUGGACGUGCUCAAGCUUCAGGUGGCGAUCAACUGCCGCGACAGAAGCUCAAACUCCAUCCUAGGCGUUCUGGAGGACGUCUCUUCUCGGGGAGAUACCGAGUCCCGGAGCGGGCUCGCCGAGGUGGUAAGUGAGGUCAGCCUUGCCCUGGCCCGGAGGUCGUUGGACUGGGUGGCGUCUGCGAGCGAGCUGGAACACUUCAGCAACCGUAACGUGGAAAGAGCGGAGGCGACCUUCAGCCAGUACAGCAUCCAGCUCAGGACAAAGAUUGAGCGCGAGACGAACGCCGUGAUUGGAGGCAAGAACAUCUCCGCGGAACGAUCGGGUGGGGGGAGGAUCGGAUCCGGCGGGCCCACCGUUGCGGUUGUGAGCCUGGUCGUCGCCCUCCGAGGGGAUGCGAUGAAGAAGUUGGGGCUCGACAGGAGCGUCAGCAACACCUCGGGCCUCAAGACCGCGCUGCAGACGAUCGCAAGCGGGGCCCUGUCGGACGGAGGAGACAACGUGCUGGCGGCGGAGGUCCUGUGGACGCCCGAAGAACCGUGGGAAGUGCUAACUAGAGAGGACGCAAUCGCGGACUUCCCCGAGCUCAUGGACCUCUAAGAGGACUGGGCUUUUGAGUCGACCUCCUGAAAGAUGAUAGGUUGACGUAUUCGGUUUCGAUUAAACGUAAAUCGAUACCUUCCUCGAGUGAUUUGUCGUCAAACGAGUAUGUGUUGAGGACCUGCAUCUCGCAGCCCUCAUUUCCCCUCCCGAGCAUGUGUUUCUCUUUUUUUCUUGUCUCUCGCUUUCUCUUGGAUCCGUCGACGUUGUCGUGGGAAAAACAUCGGCAGGCUGCCUGGGUGAUAUGUGGGCACAACGCGAUGUUGCAUCCACGCCCUUGUUGCCUACACGCCCCGUGCUCCGGCGUUACAAGAAGCGUCGGUUAGAUUAUCGCCCCGUUCGUUGUAGGUUGCGCUUGUUUAGUUAAAGGCGAAUGGUGACAGCACGUAUAGCAGUGCCGUCUCGCGUCGGGAGACUGCGAACAUGAUCGUCUUUUUGGAACGCGCUCUUGCACGGCUUUCUCUUGUUGCCUCGUUGGCGGUACCGCGCCCUUCGAUCCAAGUCGUGCGGCAUUUCGCUUUCGCAGCUGUGUCGGAGAACAAUGGACGGCAUGUGGUUGAUCUAUGCACAGGCCGUUUCGUACAAAUGCUUGGCCUAGGUUUGCGGGGGCGGUGGGAUGUGUGAUGGAUACCCUGAUAAAGAGUUGGGAACCACGGCAGGAAAUACUUCGGUCGAAGAAUGUUAGAAUAUUGUGCGAGAUCUGUGUCGAAAAUCUUACCGAAAUGAGGAAGAGGGAGUUUCUGGCUACCGCUGCAUGUACACUGAGUGGUGGAGCAGAGCAAAAAUGAUGGAUACGCGGAGGGGGUCGAGACACACACAGCCACCCAUGCUUGGAUAUCUGUGCAGGGGAUGGAGGACGAACGGGAUCGAUUGUGUUUUCCGUUUUUGGGAGCAUGGGUUCCGACGUGUCGACUUUGGUGUCGUGAGUGUGUGCACCACAGCGCCCAAGGUGGCGAGGGCCGUGGAGAAUCUUCGUAUGCCACACGACGUGAGCGAAAGAAAUAUUUGGUGUACAAGUUUGUUUGUUCUCUUUUCUCGUUGAUUAGAUACGUUCCGCGACGUUGUGUGCAUCGUAGAACACGGGUGGCUGUACAAUCGAGGAUGAGAUAGGAGAGGGAAGGGUGAAUGUAAGUCAGAAAUUGGAUGUUGCACGUUCAGUGGGUGGAGUCUCCGGGUUAGAUGUCGGGGGUCGCGGACAUCGGAAACCGAAAGCAUCCGUCCUUAUUUUGCCAAUCCGUUCGAGUAGUCGACAUUUGACAAAGUGAUAAGCUGAUGAACUCUAGCCCGUGCUCGCGCCCGGCAUACGUCCGCCCACUUGUUCUGUGGCGAACGUUGCUCUGAGCCCCUUUUUCUGCGAAACUAUGACCUUGCGGCGUGUGAGUUGAAUCGAUCCCGCGAGAACUUGACACAUCGUCGACACGCAAAUCACUUCCACGAGAACUCGACACGUUGUACACAUGUAAAACACACCAGUUCAAGCGAGAGAUAGGGGGGAAGACGCGACGCAGGCGUUUUACGAAAGAACACCGAAC